CCGCCAGGCUCACCCCAUCCCGGCGUGGGGGGCGCAGAGGAUAUCUCUGGAGAUCUUGAAAGAGCCUGUAUCAUGGAAUCGAUCUCAAUGAUGGGAAGCCCUAAGAACCUUAGCGAAACUUUUUUGCCAAAUGGCAUAAAUGGUAUCAAAGAUGCAAGGAAGGUCACUGUGGGUGUAAUUGGAAGUGGGGAUUUUGCCAAAUCGCUGACGAUUCGACUUAUUAGGUGUGGCUAUCAUGUAGUUAUAGGAAGCAGAAAUCCCAAGUUUGCUUCCGAAUUCUUCCCUCAUGUGGUAGAUGUCACUCAUCACGAAGAUGCUCUCACAAAAACAAAUAUAAUAUUUGUUGCUAUACAUAGAGAACAUUACACCUCCCUUUGGGACCUCAGACAUCUGCUUGUGGGUAAAAUCCUGAUUGAUGUGAGCAAUAACAUGAGGAUAAACCAAUACCCAGAAUCCAAUGCUGAAUAUUUGGCUUCAUUAUUCCCGGAUUCCCUGAUUGUCAAAGGCUUUAAUGUUGUCUCGGCUUGGGCACUUCAGUUAGGACCCAAGGAUGCCAGCCGGCAGGUCUAUAUAUGCAGCAACAACAUUCAAGCUCGACAACAGGUUAUUGAACUUGCCCGUCAGCUGAAUUUCAUUCCUGUUGACUUGGGAUCAUUAUCAUCAGCUAGGGAGAUUGAAAAUUUACCCCUGCGACUCUUUACUCUCUGGAGAGGGCCAGUGGUGGUUGCCAUAAGCCUAGCCACGUUUUUCUUUCUUUAUUCCUUUGUCAGAGAUGUGAUACAUCCAUACGCUAGAAACCAGCAGAGUGAUUUUUAUAAGAUUCCUAUCGAGAUUGUGAAUAAGACCUUGCCCAUAGUUGCCAUUACUUUGCUGUCCCUGGUAUACCUGGCAGGUCUCCUGGCAGCUGCUUAUCAGCUUUAUUAUGGCACCAAGUAUAGGAAAUUUCCGCCUUGGUUGGAGACCUGGCUACAGUGCAGAAAACAGCUUGGGUUACUAAGCUUUUUCUUCGCUUCAGUCCACGUUGCCUACAGCCUCUGCUUACCAAUGAGAAGGUCAGAGAGAUACUUGUUUCUCAACAUGGCUUAUCAGCAGGUUCAUGCAAAUAUUGAAAACUCUUGGAACGAGGAAGAAGUCUGGAGAAUUGAAAUGUAUAUCUCCUUUGGCAUAAUGAGCCUUGGCUUACUGUCCCUCCUGGCAGUCACCUCUAUCCCGUCAGUGAGCAAUGCUUUAAACUGGAGGGAAUUCAGUUUUAUUCAGUCUACCCUUGGAUAUGUCGCUCUGCUCAUAAGUACUUUCCAUGUUUUAAUUUAUGGAUGGAAACGAGCCUUUGAAGAAGAAUACUACCGGUUUUACACCCCACCCAACUUCGUUCUUGCUCUUGUUUUGCCCUCAAUUGUAAUUCUGGGUAAGAUUAUUUUACUCCUUCCAUGUAUAAGCCGAAAGCUUAAGAGAAUUAAAAAAGGUUGGGAAAAGAGCCAAUUUCUAGAAGAAGGUAUUGGAGGAGCAGUUCCUCAUCUCUCACCGGAGAGGGUUACAGUAAUGUGAUGAUAAAUGGUGCUCACUGAUACAUUAUAGAGUUCCACUCAUGCCAUUGUUUUUAUGACUUCCUUUAUGUUCAUUUGCAAGUGCACUGUCAAAUUGAUGUGGGCUGAAAUCUGUCCAGUAAGAUCUCAACCAAAUUAGUGGUAGGAGUUUCUUGAAAUUAAUUUUCACAGAUGUCAUAUUUUGGCAAUAUGAAUUUUUGUUGUCAACUUGUCUAUUUUGUUUUGCACAUCCAUAACACUCCUAUUUUAACAAACUGUAUUCCAUAAUCAGGCAAAAGAUAUUUCUGAUUAAUAAUAUAGAUACAAUAUAAUGUUAAAAGAAAAAAUUUGCAAACCAGCAGAAUCUUAAGUUUUAAUAUAACUUAAUGGAUAUUUUUUUUUCUGAAGCUUACCUAAGGUUUUAAUUGUUAAUUUAAUUGCUAAAGAAAUAGAAAUGCAUAAUCACACAUUAACUUUAAGAAGGGUCACGUUACGUUAGCAUCUCGGUAAGGGUAAAUGGUAACAUUCCUAUAUUUUUCUCAUAAAAUCAGUUUUGAAGAAUAUAAUUAAUUGUAUGAACCAGUGUAACCUGUGAACAAACACAAAUUUAAAAAAAUAGAAUCUGAAAUUAUAUUUGAAAUGCAAUGGAGACGUGAAAUGCAUACUGAUAAUAUGUACCUCAUGAAAGAUUUUAUUUCUUAUCUUGUUACAGAGAGGUUUCAUUUGCAUGUUAUUAGGUUGGUUAGGGAGAAGACCAUGGUAUUUGGCUUCCAAAAGUGAUUUUUCUAAUAUGGUACCAAGCCUAGGAAUCUUACAGUUGUUUCCAGUUAGAGGGAAGGAAUGAAGUCUACCCACCAAUAGUUGUUGGUCAGCUGAUCUACUUUGUUGCACGCUGGCCAGUCCCCACUCUAUCUGCUGUAAGAUUUUACUGACGUUCACUGAGGGAUGUUAACAUGCCAGGCACUGUUCUAAGCAU